GCCGGCGAGACCUGGGCUGGCGCGGGCGGGAGCUGCCACGGAUGCCCUUACCUGCUGGGGAGACCCUACUCUCUUCGCUGAGAGCGGCCGCUGGCGGGGACUGAAGGCCGGGAGCCCACCCCCGGCUCGGGGCUAGCGUGCGUCCCUAGAGUCGAGCGGGGCAAGGGAGCCGGUGGCCGCCAAGGGGGGACCGGGAAACUUUUCUGGGUUCCUGGGCGCGCCCUGUAGCCGCGCUCCAUGCUCCGCCCGCGGCCCGAACCCCAGCCCCGCCGCUGACGGCGCCCGCCGCUCCGGGCAGGGCCCAUGCCCUGCGCACUCCGGGGGUCGUAGGCUGCCGCCGAGCCGGGGCUCCGGAAGCCGGCGGGGGCGCCGCGGCCGUGCGGGGCGUCAAUGGAUCGCCACUCCAGCUACAUCUUCAUCUGGCUGCAGCUGGAGCUCUGCGCCAUGGCCGUGCUGCUCACCAAAGGUGAAAUUCGAUGCUACUGUGAUGCGGCCCACUGUGUAGCCACUGGUUAUAUGUGUAAAUCUGAGCUCAGCGCCUGCUUCUCUAGACUUCUUGAUCCUCAGAACUCAAAUUCCCCACUCACCCAUGGCUGCCUGGACUCUCUUGCAAGCACGACAGACAUCUGCCAAGCCAAACAGGCCCGAAACCACUCCGGCACCACCAUGCCCACAUUGGAAUGCUGUCAUGAAGACAUGUGCAAUUACAGAGGGCUGCACGAUGUUCUCUCUCCUCCCAGGGGUGAGGCCUCAGGACAAGGAAACAGGUAUCAGCAUGAUGGUAGCAGAAACCUUAUCACCAAGGUGCAGGAGCUGACUUCUUCCAAAGAGUUGUGGUUCCGGGCGGCGGUCAUUGCCGUGCCCAUUGCUGGAGGGCUGAUUUUAGUGUUGCUUAUUAUGUUGGCCCUGAGGAUGCUUCGAAGUGAAAACAAGAGGCUGCAGGAUCAGCGGCAACAGAUGCUCUCCCGUUUGCACUACAGCUUUCACGGACACCAUUCCAAAAAGGGGCAGGUUGCAAAGUUAGACUUGGAAUGCAUGGUGCCGGUCAGUGGGCACGAGAACUGCUGUCUGACCUGUGAUAAAAUGAGACAAGCAGACCUCAGCAACGAUAAGAUCCUCUCGCUUGUUCACUGGGGCAUGUACAGUGGGCACGGGAAGCUGGAAUUCGUAUGACGGAGUCUUAUCUGAACUACACUUAUUGAACGCUUGAAGGCCUUUUGAGUUCUGCUGGACAGGAGCACUUUAUCUGAAGACAAACUCAUUUAAUCAUCUUUGAGAGACAAAAUGACCUCUGCAAACAGAAUCUUGGAUAUUUCUUCUGAAGGAUUAUUUGCACAGACUUAAAUAUAGUCAAAUGUGUUGUUUGCUUUAAAAUUAUAAAAAGCAAAGAGAAGACUUUGUACACACUGUCACCAGGGUUAUUUGCAUCCAAGGGAGCUGGAAUUGAGUACCUAAAUAAACAAAAAUGUGCCCUAUGUAAGCUUCUACAUCUUGAUUUAUUGUAAAGAUUUAAAAGAAAUAUAUAUAUUUUGUCUGAAAUUUAAUAGUGUCUUUCAUAAAUUUAACUGGGAGGCGUGAGACAGUACAUGUUAAUUAUACAAAUGGCCAUUUGCUGUUAAUAAUUUGUUCUCAACUCUAGGAUGUGGCUUGAUUUUUUUUUUUCUCUUUUCUUUUUUAAACAAGACCAAGAUCUUGCUUA